UAAAUAAAAGUUGGAAAAAUCCUCGCGAGUGAUCGACGGUCGGGGUGCAUCGCCACUCACGACUGUUAAGAGUAUUUUUCUCGCCGAGUAUCCAACCCCCGUGAAUAUAAGCAGGUAAUAAGUCGCAGGUAGCGUCAACCCUUCGGAAAAUAAUAAGUGUCCUUUUGCAAAACGCGCGCGCGCGCUGUCCGGAAUAAUCUACAUAUUAAAGCGCGUAAAAUGAAUGCUCGUGCGAAUUUUAAACCUGUUUAUAAUUCUGAAAUUCCGAAUUGUUUUAACCGCACUUUAAUCGAUACAACGACCCUGGGUUUUUUUCAGUGAAGUUUUCUGUUAUAUUAACGGACCCGAUUCGUCGUCGACGAUUAUCUGGAUUCUCAGUGACGGAUUUACUCGCAAAUUACGUCAAGUCUUUGGUGCUAACAAUAAGUGAUCCGCAUCAUUGAUUGUCCGACGCAAACUGCUCAACGUCCACAAUCGCACGGUUUUAAUUUCAUAGACUUUAAGUAAGCUCUAUCAAGUGCAAAAAGAGCUGUGAUCUUAAUCUCGGGGUGGGUGCGUGAAGCAAAUGAAAUAAAUGAAAUAAAUGAAUUAAAAUAAUAUAAAAAGGAACGUUGUGAAUAGGCCGGGGAUUCACCCCAAAAACCCCCGAUUUCCGUGCCUCAAGCUUUAAAGCUUUCAUCCGAAUACGAAGAUAUCUACCCCUAUACGUACUAUAGGAUAACUGUUUUCAGGAAGGUGGACCAAAGUUUCCUGCUGCCGUUGACAGAUUGAUAAGGAAGUUUACAACUCAAGUUUUCUCCCUUAGCUAUACAUACAUACCUACAUACGUACAAACUCUGCAUGUACAUACAUAGAUAUACAUAUAACAACAUCUCUACAUAUCCAUCUGUACAGGCGCAUUUUCCCAAGGUGGGGAAAACGAUUUACAGACGUUGAAACAAACUUUUCUGCGUACAUAUACAUACAACAUUGACUAACUCGAUAAAGUCGGUGAAAUUAUAAUCCCCCUCUGAAUCGGCGAAAGAAGAAUAAGAAGAAGAAGAAGAAAAAGUGGUGAAGAAAAUCAUUCGAAAAUUUCUUCCUGCCGAUCGCCGUUAGGGAGUACGAAGAGCGCUUCGAGGAAGAGUCGGAGCUUCCGCAAGCUCUUCGUAAAGGCCGUCAGCAUUGAGUCUGUGGGGAAUUACUACGCGAAAUCGUUGCCUUGUGAGCGUGUAAAAGAAAGUGCAAAAGUGAAGGGUAACAGUGGAUUCGGUGACUAUUCAGCGGCCGGUGAGUUCGAGGUCUGGGGCGAGGAAAAAUCCCCUGCGGAUGGUCUCGACCACCACCACCAGGUAGUGAGGCCGCCUUCGCGGCAGCAGCGAUGCGAGGGGGCCUCCUCGCUGAGACCGCUGCUCCACGUAGCUCACUGUGAGCUCCAUUCGCCCCGGGAAGCGGAGCUGCUCAGGCUGGACCACCUCGAGAGUCUGGACCACAAGUCCGCCGACCACAACGCUUAUUCCAUGAUGGAUAAUUUCCACAGUCCAGUGCCGCCUCCGUUGCCCCGUCGCCACGUCAGGCUCCCCCCUCCCCAGCAGCAGGUCACCGUAGGCUCCCUCGGAGGCGGUGGUUCCGCGGGAAACGGUGGCGCUCCAGGACAACCUUUGGCGAUGCCGGUAUUCCCGCUUCGCGCUGGUCCAGCACCGCAUUACUCGCCAUAUUCCCCGUCACGUUUCCACAUUGACAAGAGAUGCCAACAUCGAUGCUCCUGGAAGUGUUUCUCGAUCGCGUUGAUACUCCUGGCUGUCGCCCUGACAGCGAUGCUCGCCUACUUUGCGGCUGUCAGCUCAAUGCGACCGAUGGACAGCGCCAACUGUAUCUUCGUGCAAGACGUAAAGGCUGUUACCCACGAGAAUGCGCACAUGCACGAUCCAAUAUCGACGCCAAUUCCCACAGAAGAAUCGCUGCCGACCAGCACAGCGGAGCACUCCAGUGCCGCGGACAACAUCGGCGACCAGCAAAGCGACCCGCAGAUCCAGCAGUCCGCCCAAUGGCCAGCCGUCCUCGAGCUGCGUGCCUACAACGUGGCUCACUCGGCCGUCAUACCACCGUAUCACUUCUGGAACUCUGAGUUCCGAAACAAACAGCCAGCCUUUAUUCGUCUAAACUUUACGUUACCCUGGGGUGCCAACUUCGCCGUAUACGGUCGACGUAACGUCGCGCCCAGCGUGACGCAGUACGACUUUGCCGAGUUCGUGAAGGGGGGGCGAGUCGACCAUCGACUAAAGCGAGAAAUCGUCCCGGCGGAGGCGGUGAGCUUCAUGAAAUCGGAGGAGGGCGUUUCGGGUGACCCUUACCAAGCCGAACAGCCAUCCCCGACACGGAACGUCAUGGCAAAACGGUCGCUGGUCGAACCGAUGCUGGUCAACGUGACCCUCCUUCAGUUCCUGGACACCGGUCGCUGGUUCCUCUCCGUCUACAACGACGAGCUUCAGCCGCAUAAGGUCAGCCUGGUCGUCACCGAGGCCGAGGACAUGUCGACUACUUGUCCCAACGACUGUUCAGGUCGGGGUUCCUGCUACCUCGGUAAAUGCGACUGCAUCGACGGCUACCAGGGUGCUGACUGCAGCAAAAGCGUCUGCCCGGUCCUCUGCUCGGCCCACGGUCAGUACGGGGGUGGAGUGUGUCACUGCGAAGAUGGAUGGAAGGGUGCCGAGUGCGACGUGCCCCUCGGCGAUUGCCAGGUCCCAGACUGCAACCAGCAUGGACAGUGCGUGCGAGGGUCGUGCGUCUGCGGCGCCGGAUGGAAGGGAAUCUUUUGCAACGAGCCCGAUUGUCCAGACCCGAGCUGCAACGGUCACGGGACCUGCGUCUCCGGCAAGUGUUACUGCAAGGCUGGAUGGCAGGGUGAACGGUGCAGCCAGGUCGAUCAGCAGGUGUAUCAGUGUCUUCCCGGAUGCUCGGACCACGGGACGUACGACCUGGAGGCCGCAUCCUGCAUCUGCGAGGAACACUGGACCGGUGUUGACUGUUCGCAGCCAAGCUGCGGCCUCGACUGCGGUCUUCACGGAUCGUGCGAACAGGGACAUUGCAAGUGUCACGACGACUGGACCGGCUCCAGGUGCGAUCAGAAACCGUGUGACGUUCGCUGCGCCGAUCAGGGUCAGUGUAAGAAUGGAACAUGCGUCUGCAGCCAGGGAUGGAACGGUCGACAUUGCACAUUGCCCGGAUGCGAGAACGGGUGCAGUCGUCACGGUCUCUGCACGCUACAAGAGGGAGAAUACAGAUGCGAGUGUUCGGUCGGAUGGGCUGGACGAGACUGCAGUAUUCGUCUUGAAAUGGAAUGCAACGACGACCUCGACAACGACCAAGACGGAAUGGUCGACUGUUCCGACAGCGAAUGUUGCUCGCAUCUCGCCUGCUCCGAACACAUAAUGUGUUUGGCCAGUAACGAUCCGGUCGAAGUACUGUUGAGAAAACAGCCACCGAGCGUGACAGCAUCCUUUUAUCAAAGGGUUAAAUUCCUUAUAGAAGAAAACAGCGUCCAGAGCUACGCCCACAUGGACGAGUACAGCGAGAGUGAGUUCUGGAAUAACUUUACACCGCGCCGGGUCGCCGUCAUGCGAGGCCAAGUAGUAACGGAACAGGGGCUCGGAAUAGUAGGGAUCCGAGUCUCCGUCGACAGGGAUUCACGCUUUGGAUUCACCCUGACAAGAGCCGGCGGAUGGUUUGACGUGCUCGUGAACGGCGGAGGAGCCGUGACGCUACAGUUUCAACGAAGUCCUUUCAAGCCUUUGACUCGCACGGUAUUCGCCCCGUGGAAUCAAAUCGUUGUCCUACCUCCGGUAGCUAUGACGCUCAGCGAAGAAAGCGAGUCCUACAGACCGAAUCAACCCCCCAGUCCUGCUGUUGGCUUCCCAGGGAUCUCGAUGGGCCUAUUUGGCGAACGUGGACCCUGCCUGGAACACGAUCAUGAGAUCUUACGACCGAUCAUCGUCGGCACAUGGAUGCCUGAGAAAGUUGGCGGUUUGCCCGGAAAAAGUUUGGUGUUCGCAGAAACCCAGAUCGUUCAAGAGAGCAUAGCCAUUCCGGGAUCGAAUCUCCAUCUGAUGUAUCAAAGCAGUCAGGCGGCGGGGUACUUGUCAACAGUGAGAAUGCAGCUGACAGGACCGUUCAUUCCUAAAUCUCUGACGCACGUCCACGUGCACGUUGAAAUCGAAGGUUCGCUGCACGCUAAAACGUACGAAGCAGAUCCGAAUCUCGAGCAUACGUUUGCUUGGAAUAAGCGAAACGUUUACAAACAAAAAGUGUACGGAGUAGCCCAAGCUAGAGUUUCCAUCGGUUACCAACACUCGAGCUGUCAAUCGGUAGUUUGGGAAACGCAAACAGCAACUUUGCACGGAUUUGACGUUGACAUAUCCGACGUUGGCGGAUGGGGCCUGGACAUUCAUCAUCAUUACAACUUCCACGAAGGUAUACUGCAGAAGGGUGACGGGUCAACCCUACACUUCAAACAGUAUCCGCGUACGGUGAAGGUUGUUAUGGGCACUGGAUUGCAGCGAAACUUAGUUUGCACCAACUGCAAUGGUCCAGCCAAAGACGCGCGACUCCUCACCCCCGUGGCAUUGACAAGUGGACCGGACGGAAGCAUAUACGUUGGGGACUUCAACCUUGUCCGAAGAAUUACUCCGGAUGGAAAUGUGAACACGGUUCUGAUUUUAAGUGCAACCCAAGUAGCGUACCAGUAUUAUCUCUCCGUUUCACCAGCCGACGGACAUCUCUACAUCAGUGACCCGGAGAAGCACCAAAUACUGAGAGCUCUGUCCUUGGAGAAGGUUAACGAUCCUAGCAUAAACAUGGAGACGGUGGUCGGAAGUGGCGAAAGAUGCAUUCCGGGUGACGAAGGGCAUUGCGGUGACGAAGGUCCGGCGAUUCACGCGAAGCUUGCACAUCCCAAAGGCAUCGCCAUUGCCGCUGACAAAACCAUGUACAUCGCUGAUGGUACAAACAUUCGGGCCGUCGAUCCACGCGGUAUAAUUCACACGUUGGUUGGCCAUCACGGUCAUCAUAACCACUGGUCACCCGCACCGUGCAUGGGAGCCAUUCCAGCGCAUCAAGCACAACUCCAGUGGCCAACAGGAUUAACUCUGAGCCCCCUCGACGGAUCGUUACAUUUUAUCGACGACAGAUUGGUCCUGAAACUGACGAGUGAUUUGAAAGUUCGCGUGGUAGCUGGAACACCCUUGCAUUGCACGAGUAACGCGAACGUCAACUCAUCGACACCCGUCAACGGCAAGAAACCGGACGAAGUACUCGGGUCAGUUCUUGCCGUCGCCUUCAGUCCGACCGGAGAGUUGUACAUCGCUGACAGUGACUCGCACAGAGUGAAUUCAAUAAGGAUGGUCGACUCCUCGGGAAAGAUGUCUCACUUUGCUGGUCAGCAACAAGAGAGACUCCGAGGGCAAUGCGAAUGCAACAACACCACCCCCAGUACCAAGACAACGGACGCUUGCACGUGUACCGACGACACGAGUAGCACCGAAACACUUUUGUCAUCAAAUGCAAAGUUCCUGGCUAUAUCCGCUUUGGCGGUAUCGCCCGACGGUGUUUUGCACGUCGCCGAUCAAGGGAGCCUGCACAUCCUCGCACUGCAACCUUAUCUUCCGAACCAUGAUGAGAGCGGAGAAUUUCACAUACCAUUUCCACCGUCGAAUGAAGUUUACGUGUUUAACCGUUACGGUCAGCACGUUGCCACGAAAGAUCUGACCUCUGGAAAGACGAGAUACUCGUUUUUGUACAGCAAAAAUACGAGCUUUGGAAAAUUAUCAACCGUCACCGAUAGUGCUGGCAAUAAAAUACAGUUUUUGAGGGAUUACAGCAACGUGGUUAGCUCCAUUGAAAAUACUCAGGACCACAAGUCUGAACUGAAAAUUUCCGGGGUUGGAUUCCUCGUGAAAUUAUCGGAACGAGGUAGAUCCGAAAUCGCGCUUGACUACGAUAGCUCAUCUGGUUUGCUGACCAGUCGGUCUGGAGGAAGCGAGACGUACAUGUACUCUUACGACAACCUCGGCCGUGUGACUGACGUAAUUUUACCAACCGGUGAAAAACUAAAGCUCAGCUCUGGCUUGUCGGAGAACGAGGGAUUGUCUGUGAAGGUAUCUUCGCCUCUUCAGGCGUUGCGAAAAGGAGACAAGCAACGAUACCUCGAAAUGAUCAUGAAGAACGAUAAAUUCAAGACCCUUCAAAUCACCGAUGGUACCGAAGUGGAAGUGGCGACAGCCUUCACAAACAGCAGUCUAACGCUUUCGCUACCAGGAGGUGGAUCAGUUUUGAGCGCCGCUAAAGCCAAACACCCACUACUAGAAGCUGCGUUGCCAGUGGAAGCAGAAAUGCUUCCGAUGUGGAGCUACCAAGUAAUGAACCUUGGAGAAUUGACCAACACUAUGACGACGGCGUACAAUCUUGUCGGAGACGUGAGCCACCUCCAGCAGACAUUGAAUAGAGAAAUUUGGGUGAACGACACCCGGGUAAUAGGGGUUGAAUUCGAGCAGGCGUUCAGCCGUGAAACGUUCUACGACAAAAACCGCACCCCUCUAUUGACCGUAACCUUUGACCCGGCUGGUUUGCCACUCAAUUGGCAACCCUAUCACCACGGUUACAAUCUCACUAUAUCCUACGACAAUUUUAACCGUAUUGAAAGUUGGAAAUGGGGUGCCUCUGACGAGACAUACAGCUACGACCGUCACGGACAUUUGGCGGAGGUGACGAACAGCCAAGACGGUACCAAGAGGUACACCUAUAACGAUUACAAUAUGUUGUCGAAGAUAACGUUGGCCAGUUCACGACGGUUCUCACUUCAGUAUGACGACGACGGUGGGUUACGUCACGUUACUCUGCCAUCCGGUACGAAACACUCGUUCUCCUGUCAAGCUUCCCUAGGAUUUUUAAGGGUGACCUACACUCCUCCCGGAAGUUCGAGGGCUUAUCUACAGCAUUACAGUCACGACGGAAACCUCCUGCAAACUGUUUUCCCCGGGGAUGGUGCUCGAAUUGUUUACAGGUACCACACUUCCGGUCAGAUAGCUGAAAUUGUUCACGGAGACGGGAAGAGCGAGAUAAUAUACACAGAGAACGGUUUACCCUCGGAAGUGAUACACUCCGAAAAAGAUGUCGAGUACAAAUGGGACUACCAAUACAACGCCGGUCUCCUGAUCGAGGAAAGGAUCGAUUUCGGGGCAAAAACUGGGCUGAGUAACGCAAAAUUCACAUUUGAAUACGACGAUAAUUUCCGACUGACCGCAGUCCAGGGAAGAAUCGGAGGUCACACUCUACCGCAGCAUCUGAUGGCUUACAACCCGAAGACAGGAACCCUCGAGCAGAUCGGACAGUUUAAAAUCGGUAAGCCAAAAAUGAACGAAACCACCGUGUCCGAUGGUACAGCGCUAUUUUCUCGGAGUACAGACGGCAGGUUUUUAGAGACCCAAGUAACAGUAACCAUCCACAACAUGGAGGUGUUCAGGAUGGAAUUCACCCACGAUUCAAGAGGUCGUAUAAAUCAGACGAGAACUUACACGCGCAACGUGGCCGUGAAUAUGUUCACAAACGUGAAAAACUACACGUGGGACUACGACGGUCAAUUAACGGGUGUCGAGGCCCAAGAACCCUGGGGUUUCAAGUACGACGACAACGGGAACAUGCUCUCUCUAACUUACCGUGGAAAUACAAUCCCAAUGGAAUACAACGCGAUGGAUAGAAUAGUGAAAUUCGGCGAAGGCCUCUACAAGUAUGACAACAGAGGUUUGGUCGUUCAAAAUGCAAGGGAAGAACGUUUCAACUACAACGCAAAAGGGCUUCUGGUUCGAGCCAUGAAACGGGGGCGUUUCGACGUGCGUUAUUACUACGACCACCUCGAUCGGCUUGCGACGAGAAAAGAUAAUUACGGAAACGUGACGCAGUUCUUUUACAAUAAUCAACAGAGGCCUCACGAAGUCAGCCAAAUAUACAGUCCCCGGGACGCGAAGCUUAUGUCGCUUGUCUACGACGACAGGGGACACCUGAUAUACGCGCAAGUUUAUCGUCACAAGUAUUACAUCGCGACAGACCAAUGCGGCACGCCUAUAAUGAUAUUCAACCAAUACGGAGAGGGAAUUAGAGAAAUAAUGAGAUCGCCGUACGGACACAUAGUGUACGAUUCAAAUCCGUAUCUUUAUUUGCCGGUAGAUUUCUGCGGAGGAUUGCUGGAUCAGGUUACUGCUCUUGUCCACAUGCCGAAUGGAAAGGUCUACGAUCCAUUGAUCGGAAAGUGGAUGUCACCCUUGUGGGAAAACGUACUGGACAGAGUAGCCACACCUACGCAUCUCAACCUUUACCGAUUCAACGGCAACGAUCCGAUCAACGUGAGGCACACGAGUCAACAAAAUCAACCCACGGAACACUUGACCUGGCUCUCUCAUCUGGGAUACGAUUUGAGGAGUCUGGCGCCUCAGCUCUUCCCGGAUGAGCUUAUCGGUGGUCCAGUCGGAUCGACAUUCGGCCCGAGCAGUUCGAUAUUCGGCAGUAAAGACAGACCAAGGAAUCUGGGAGUGAGAUCCGGGUUCCUUGCGCACAUAUCCCAGCGGCACUCGGGAGAUGCUGCGAGUUUAUCAGCACCGCCUAGAUCAGCGUUGAAGAAGGACGCGAGUGAAUUGUUACCAAAUCGUUUAGGGGCGGCGUCGGAUCCGCCAUUUGGAAAGGGUAUCCUAGUGUCGCGAACGUCAGACGGACAAGCAGUGGUAUCGUCGGUACCAGCGGCAAACGCGAUAUACAAAGACGUCUUCACCUCGGUGUUCAACAGGUCCUACUUCCUGCCGUUCACCUUCGUCGUUCACAGCACCCAGCAGGACGCUUUGUACUUCGUGAAGGAGGAGGUGUCGAGAGCCAGCGAAGACCGGGGCCAGCUGAAACGUCUCGGUGGUCAGGUGAACACGACGUUUCACGAGAACGAGAACGGAAGCGGAAGCAGUUCUUUAAUCGACGUAAAGAUCCACGGCGCUAGCGCCGUUGUAAACCUGAGAUACGGAACGACUGCUGAAAAGGAAAAACAGCGGCUUCUUCAUCACGCGAAGACGACAGCACGACGGAAGGCAUGGCACCGCGAGAGAGAAGCUCUAAGAAGCAACACACCGACGACUGUCGAAUGGAUGGCAACGGAACAAGAAGAGAUUUUGAAAGUUGGCUACGCGUCGAAUUACGAUGGUGAAUACAUCCAUGACGCACAAAUAUAUCCCGAGCUUGCCGAGGAUCCUUACAACAUUAGGUUCGUCAAGAAGGCGGUUGAUCCGUCGAGUAAGAAAAGGCGCAGGAGGAGAGGGACACCCGCGUGCAAACUUUGGUGGCUCGAUCCUUUUUGUUGAUUCGGAAUUUAAUUCCUAUAUUUGAAAGAAAUGGAAGAGAAAAAAAGAUUUUUUAAAUAAAAUUGAAAAUUGUGAGAAAAAAAAAAAAAAAAAAAAUAUUGAGUAAAC